AAGAUCCGAUAUGUUAGUAUUUUGUGAACGGUGCCACGAACAACGAACAACAGGCGAGUUGGAGUUCUACAUCACAACUUGCGGUCAUAUGUUCUGCCGGAAAUGUUCAUCGAUAUCCACGAAGUGUCCGAUUUGUGCGAAACCAUGUCGAACUACGAUCAUUAACAAGGACAUGCCAUUGAACGUAAAGGAGUUAUUCGAGAACCAGACGAAGCAGGCUAACCAGCUUGGUAAAAUAGGGAAGAUCUACCAAUUUCAAAUCAGCAAGAUGGAUCACUUUAUAGAAGCGAACUGGACCGUUUUCAAAGAGUACGAAACAAGAAAACAGCGGAUUCAGAAGCUAAAGGAAAUGUAUGAAGCAUACAAAAAAGGAAUCGUCGACGAACAGAAUCUGAUCAUUCAGUUGCAACAAAAACAAAAGGAAGCUAUACAGAAAGGUAGAGCGACAGAAUUUGAAGACAAUUCGAAGGAAGAUUUCUUUCAAAAUACAACCCCAAAACGAUUCUAG